GCUGUUUUAUUCUUGAAUUCAUUCAGCAUGUGUUUUAACUAUUUUUGUUUUAACUGUAGUCAUUGUUUAAAUAAAACGAUUGAUUAAAACUGGGUUUGAAGGCAGGAAUUAAAUGGUGUACAUUCGAUUAGCGUUUCUGAUAAAGGUUUUAUCUGAAGAGCUCAAGAUUAUGGGCACGCUUUAUCCAUAUUUCAGACGUAUUUCAAAUCAGUGUCCUCCUGAUAAGAUCUAAUGAGAUUAAAAUAAAUAGACGAACAUAAAACAAUUCCAGCCAACUUGCGUAAAUGACAUUUUAUAGUAUUUGCGGUUUUUCGCUCGGGUUCCAGUUUGCGUUUUUUUCUGCCAAUAAAGCGCGUAAAGUGGUUCUAUAGGCGGGGCCCCGGAAAUGUUUUCCGGCUGUACCGUGCAAAAGUUUCAUUAAAAAACACGCCGAUUUCGAGUAGUUACACGUGGGUGUUGGGAUUUUCCACUAGUUGUUGCCUUUGUGAUAAAACAAGACUUUUGUGCAUUUUGAGGAAGAAAAAUGGCCUUAAGAACCCCAUUUACCGAGACCAAGAUCAAGAUACACGAAGAGGAAGAGGAUGCUCUGAUGAGCGGUCCUGGUCGGAAUGUCCGGAGAAAAUCGGUGCUGAGCCCCAGAAUGUUGACCCUGCCAGAGCCAGGCGACUUUUCGGAUUCGAAUUCGGCCGCCAACUCCGUCACAUCCGUAAACUCCCUGGCCAGCUUACUAAAGGAAAAAAUCCAGACCUUACCGCAACGGAUGCGCAAAAAAAAGUCCAACGACUACAAAAUCAAAGUGUUCGUCGUCUUCCUGUUCAUCACCAUCGUGGCGCUGAUAUGCUGCGCUUACUUCUUGUACAACCAAAAAAUCCUGGCCAAAGCUUACUUCGAGAGAGUGAAGUUCAACAAGAACAAACGCAUCAUGACCAUCCACAACCGCGAUGGGGUGGAACUAGUAAGCGCCAGACUGGGCACCACCAUGAACUACGACAAAGUCCUACCGUGCUUACCACAGGACGAGCGGCGCGAUGGCUCGAUUUGCUUGGAGUGGAUGGACCGCGCCAGGCUCUACUUGCACGUCUACAACAUGCAGGAGAGUGUUAAGUGCUACAACUUGAAGUGGAUUGCGCUAAACGACCAUAUUUCACCCACGGAUUGCAUCGAAAUGGCUCCGGGGGUGCAUUGGUAUGGAGGAGGGCAGAAUCAAGAGUCCGCCUGGCCGCUGGAGAAGGGGGCGCACGACUUUCGUCCCUUCAUCACCGGCAAUGUGGAGCGCCACGAAUGGGGCAACGUGCUGAAAAGGUACUUCAUCAGCUCCAAAGGAGUUGCCAUCAUAGUGGACGAGAAGACACCGUUGUAUGUCUCGAUCACCGACGACCCGAAGAAGGCGAUCUGCUUGAGGGCGAAAUACGAUAAUUUUGCGUUCGUCAAUCGGUUCACUUUAGGGCCGGAAUUGAACUACAGCGUUUGCACUGGGAACAACAUGUCGGACUUGCACUCCCAACUCAGUGAACACACUCUAUGGGAUGGUUUGAAGAAAGAGGACUCGGACGUUAUCGAAAGCCUGCUCACGGAGCCCAUCUGGGAGAUUACCACCGACCACAAGGAAGCUUUCACCGAAGAAAUGAUUUCCAACUUCACCAACGAUGUGAUCGGGCUGCCCAACAUCAAGCAAGGCCACGUUUUGCUGAACGAGUUCUGGCAAAAUCAGGUGGGCGAUUUCGAGCUGGACCUCAACCGGUUUCCCAGUCUGGAAGAAACCAUUGAAGUCCUGAGCCGCAGGGGGUUUAGAGUGGUAUUUACCAUCCAGCCCUUCAUCUCGACCGAGAGCCCAAAUUUCGCGGAGGCUGUCGAAAGGCGACUCUUGGUUCUGGAAAGAUCCACUGGAAGAACUGUUCCAGCUCUAACUAGCUUCAAGAACUUCCAAAGUGUGGGCGUCCUGGACAUAACAAACAACCGAACGAUUCCCUGGCUGGUUGAGAAGCUGAAAGCUUUGAUGGGCAAAUACAAGUUCAACGCCUUCUACCUGGAACUGGGGACGGCGUAUGACAUGCCCCACUACUACCAAUGCCAGAAGUCUUUGAUAAACCCCGACCAAUACAAGACGCUGUUCAUCAACAGCAUUCAGAACUCUGUGAGUCUUCUUGGAGUGAGCGACGCCAUCGAGCGGCCCAGAUCGCCUAGCUUCGUUUCCCUGCCCAGAUUUGAGUCAAGUUGGGAGGGGUUGAGGCGAGUGAUUCCCACUAUUUUGACCUAUGGGGUCAUUGGGUACCCCUUUGUUAUACCUGGAGCUGUUGGGGGGGACUUUGACUCGAUGGAAACGAAGCUUUCCGAGCUGAAUGGGACUGUGGCAGACCUGCCGGAUCCAGAGCUCUACAUCCGCUGGCUGCAGUUGGCCGCUUUCCUUCCGGUGGUCAGAUACAACCGUUUGCCUACCAGCUAUGGGGAUAAAAGGGUGUCGGACACCGCCAUCAGUCUGGCUCUUUUAAGGCAGAAUAAGGUGAAACCAGUGCUGAAGAAAUAUGCCCGAGUUUCACUCAACUUGGGGCUGCCAAUCAUUCGGCCGCUUUGGAUGCUCGACCCCAACGAUUCCUCAUGCCACACUGUGGCCGACGAGUUCAGCAUUGGGGAAGACAUCAUUGUGGCUCCUAUUCUAUAUUCUAGGUCCAGGGAACGGGAGGUUUACCUACCGGCAGGGGUGUGGAAGGAUGGAAUAGAUGGCAGCUUACGCAAGGGAAGCAGGUGGAUACACGAUUAUCGGGUGGAGGAAGGCAAGGUGGCGUACUUUGAAAAAAUGCCCGACGACACGCGGUUCUAGUUCAAAUCUUCCUACAGUUUGCAGUAGAAGAACCAGUUUAUGGAAAGAACUUUGAUCACUCACUCUUUUGUUAAUGGGUUUUGUGAUUUGUGGCACACUGCAUACUUGGAGACUUUGGUACGAGGAAGUUACUUUAGUUCGAAGCCAAAAAGUGCCGGGUUUUCCAGUAAAAUGGUUCUUGAAACGAGAGAAAGCCGUUUGUCUCGUACAUACGUUCUGGGCAUAUACCUACCUGUAAAUCUGAAUACUUCGACUAAGCAAAAUUAGCUUAAAUGUAAAUAAAAGCAUGUGAAAUAUACACUGUACAUAUUCAAA